AUGGACACCAAAGCCUGGCUCGUCGUGGGGGCAUCUCGCGGAAUUGGCCUUGAAUUUGUACGUCUAAUUCUAGCGAGCGGCCAUCGGGUCGUCGCCACUGCUCGCGGCUCUGGGAGUGCUUUAGACGCCAUUGCCCGAGAUGCGCCUGAUCGAAGCUUCAUCGACCAAUUUGUCCAGUCUGGCGUGAAGAAGAUUGACUAUGCGGUUAUCAAUGCUGGCAUUCUAGAAUAUCCGAAUAGGGCUUUAGAUAUGACCUUCGACCAGUUUGCUCAGCACCUCCUGACAAAUGCUGUGGGGCCGGUUAUCGUCGCUCAGGAGCGUCUGAAGCUUCCUGAUGUCUCCAUAGAAACGAUUGCAUUUAUGUCUAGUGACUCCGGCUCCACGCAGCGUUUCCUCGCUUUCGAAGAUGGAUUUGCAGCAUAUGGUGUGUCAAAAGCCGCUCUUAAUCAAGCUUUACGUCACCUGGCCGAGGAAUUGAGGCGCAAGCAACGACAUACGGUCAUUCUGGCCUCACGUCCAUCAUCUUAA